AUGAAAAAAGAACGUACAGGCGACAACUCCCAUCAAAUUUUGAGCUUAACAGGAAUAAGCUUUGAAAGAAGAAGUGUGAUUGGUUUUGUUGAGUUAACAAUAGUACCUCUUAAGGAUAAUUUAAGGUAUAUUCGUCUAAAUGCCAAGCAGUGUCGUAUAUAUCGUGUGUGUCUGAAUGACCAGUAUGAAGCCAACUUUCAGUACUUUGACCCUUUUCUUGAUAUUUGUCAAAGUGAUGCCACCACGAGAUCUCUUGAGGUGUUUUCUCAAAACCAUUUAUCAGCUGCACAAAAAACAGACCCUGAUCACAAUUCUGGUGAACUCCACAUACAAGUUCCAGAUGACGCUGCCCACUUAGUGGGUGAAGGAAGGGGCUUGAGGAUUGGUAUUGAAUUCUCUCUUGAAUCCCCACAGGGCGGGAUGCACUUUGUGGUGCCAGAAGGAGAGGGGACAAUGGUUGAGAAAUCAGCACAUAUGUUUACAUAUGGUCAUUCAGCUCGACUCUGGUUUCCUUGUGUGGAUAGCUUCGCUGAACCCUGUACUUGGAAGCUUGAGUUCACUGUAGACGAGACAUUCACAGCAGUUUCUUGUGGGGAGUUAUUAGAUGUAGUGUACACACCUGAUCAUAGACGGAAAACUUUCCACUAUGUUGUUAAUACUCCAGCCUGUGCUCCAAAUAUUGCGCUGGCCAUUGGUCCAUUCGAGACCUAUGUUGAUCCACAUAUGAAUGAAGUGACUCAUUACUGUUUGCCUCACCUCCUACAAAUUCUGAAAAAUACUGUGAGAUAUUUGCAUGAGGCUUUUGAGUUUUACGAAGAAACAUUAUCUACGAGAUAUCCAUACCCAUGUUAUAAGCAAGUGUUUGUUGAUGAGACAGAAGAUGAUGCAACGGCAUACACAACAAUGUCAAUACUUAGUACACAUCUUCUACAUUCAAUUGCUAUCAUAGAUCAAACAUACAUCAGUAGAAAAGCAAUGGCCCAAGCUGUGGCUGAACAAUUCUUUGGCUGUUUUAUAACCAUGCAGAACUGGUCAGAUCUAUGGCUUGCCAAAGGUAUACCGGAUUACUUGUGUGGUCUUUACUCAAAGAAGUGCUUCGGUAAUAAUGAGUACAGAUAUUGGAUUCAACAGGAAUUACAAGAGGUGGUAAGCUACGAAGAGCAUUAUGGUGGUAUAGUCCUCGAUCCAUGGCAGCCGCCAGCAAGCGGAGCUCGUGUUGAACCCAAGGACGUUUUCUAUUUCCCCGUCAGAAAUGUACACACCAUGUCCCCUAGAUAUAUCGAGGUAAUGCGAAAGAAAUCUCACCUUGUAUUGCGGAUGUUAGAACAACGUAUAGGCCAAGAGCUGUUGUUACAAGUAUUCAAUAAACAGCUAUCGUUAGCAACGAACGCAGCAAACACAAAGAUCGGUAGUGGUCUAUGGGGACAUCUGCUUUUAUCGACAAAUUUGUUUGUUAAAGCUAUAUUUACUGUGACCGGCAAAGAUAUGGCCGUAUUUGUAGAUCAGUGGGUUAGAACGGGCGGGCAUGCUAAAUUUCAAUUGACGUCUGUUUUUAACAGGAAAAGAAAUACAGUGGAAUUAGAAAUUCGUCAAGACAGCGUCCAUGAGCGUGGCAUCAGGAAGUAUGUGGGGCCUCUGUUAGUCCAACUACAAGAGUUAGAUGGAACUUUCAAACAUACUUUGCAAAUAGAAAAUACUGUUGUAAAAGCGGAUAUCACGUGCCACAGUAAGAGUAGAAGAAAUAAGAAGAAGAAAAUUCCUUUAUGCACAGGAGAAGAAGUUGAUAUGGAUCUAUCUGCUAUGGAUGACUCUCCUGUACUAUGGAUUCGGCUCGACCCAGAAAUGUCCCUCUUACGAAGUACAGUGAUAUCUCAGCCGGAUUACCAAUGGCAGUAUCAAUUACGUCACGAGCGUGACGUCACAGCUCAAAGCGAGGCUAUAGACGCGCUCCACAACUACCCCGAGCCAGCUACUAGGAAGGCCUUGACGGAUAUCAUAGAGAAUGAACAAACACAUUAUAAAAUCAGGUGCCGGGCCGCGCACUGUUUGACUAAGGUGGCGAAUGCCAUGAUAAGUUCGUGGGCUGGACCGCCGGCCAUGUUGACGAUAUUCAGGAAAAUGUUCGGAUCAUUCGCCGCACCGCACAUUAUCAAACAAAAUAACUUCGAUAACUUGCAACAUUACUUCUUGCAGAAAACUAUACCUGUUGCUAUGGCCGGUUUGAGAAAUAUCCAUGGUAUAUGUCCACCAGAAGUUGUAAGAUUUCUAUUGGAUCUGUUCAAAUACAACGAUAAUUCAAAGAACCACUUUUCGGAUAACUAUUACAAAGCUGCUCUAGUCGAUGCGCUAGCUGCUACCAUAACUCCUGUCAUAUCUGUUUUACAGCCCGGUGCUCCAAUAACAGCGGAAUCGUUAUCAGCGGACACGCGUUUGGUUCUCGAAGAGAUAACGCGUGUCUUGAAUCUGGAGAAAGUGCUGCCGUGCUACAAAAACACAGUAACAGUCAGUUGUCUACGCGCCAUCAGACGUUUGCAACAGUGUGGUCAUUUACCCAGUAUACCCACAGUGUUUAGAGCAUACGCGCAAUAUGGGCAGUAUAUAGAUGUGCGUCUAGCAGCUUUUGAGGGUCUGGUGGAUUUCGUGCGAGUGGACGGCAAGCCCGAGGAUUUGUCGUAUCUGUUGACCGCUAUAGAGAACGACCCUGACCCCGGCGUGAGGCAUGGACUCGCGAGACUCAUGGUCUCAAUGCCGCCUUUCGAGAGGGCUCAGAGACAUAGACUUGACACGGAAUCUGUUGUUCAUAGAUUAUGGAACAACAUAAACAGUCAAUUAUCAAACGAUGCAAGGUUGAGAUGCGAUCUCGUCGACUUGUAUUACACGCUGUAUGGCCUCAAACGACCUAUAUGCGUGCCCUUGCCCGAAAUUCAGGCCAUGAUGAAACAGAUGCAUCACAAGGAGAGAGAGAGACUUGACAGAGAAAGAGAACGAGCGGAGAGAGGGAGGGAGAAGGAAAAAAUAAGAGAAAUGGACAUAAAACCUGUUAUCAAACAAGAAAUUGAGGAUGUACCUGUGAAAGACGAGUUAGAUAUGGGUUUAAAUGAGCCAAUGCAAAUAAGUGAGUUACCGGUGCCAGUGUCAAGCAUUAAGGAGGAAGAUGAUAAAAUUGAUGUCACAACAGUUCAUGACCUGCCGAUCAGGGUUUACAGUGACGAUUCCAAACGCGAGUUUUCAUCAGAUAACGCGGUUCCUCUCCCCGGCAUCCCGGGUUCGUGCGGUCCUGUGGGCUUCGAGCCGGGAAUGUUUAAACUGGAGAGAGAUGACCCGACUGCACCCAAGGCCAAAAAGAAGAAGAAGGAGAAAAAGAAGCACAAACACAAGCAUAAACACAAACACAGUAAAGAAAAAAGCAAAGACAAAGACAAGUUACCGCGUCCUCCCUCCACAGACACGCUUCGUAUUAAAGAAGAGACGAGGGAAACGCUCAGUUCAUUCAGCUCGAGUCAAAGCCCUUCAGAAGAUAUAUCAUCAAUGCCUUCUAAUAUGAGUUUCUAA